CCUUCCUGUAUCACCCUAUAAACGUCUGAGGUGGCCCCAGGAGGACCUUCGCGGCACAGCUGUCUCCCCAGGACGUGCGGUUCCAGCCACCCCACCAUGAGGCUUCUAGUCAUCUCCAGCCUUCUCUGCAUCUUGCUCCUCUGCCUCUCCGUCUUCUCUGUGGAAGGGAGAAAAAAUUCUAGUCAUCUUAUCAAGCCCUCAAAACGCAGGCUCUGCUGUUCCCGAGUUCCCAGCCCUGCCCUGAUGACCCAGAAAGGGCGCCUUGUGAGGAUCUGCAGACCGUGUAAGUUCAAGCCAGAGUCCCGCAUUUGGGUGGUACCUGGGGCUCUCCCGCAAGUGUAAUGUUCCCCAGACAAGAUGGCACACAGCUAAGACCCUCAGGCCCAGUGCUCGAGGCACCCAGAAGUCUCAGGUUCUCCCAGGACACUCCUCUUGAAGCUGGGGCCGAUGGCAAAGAUGUCAAGAGCUUUGGCCCAUGGAAGCUUCUACCCGUGAGCCACGAGCCUCUUCUCUUAAAGACACAACAUUUCUUCCUGCCACGUUGGACAGUGCUCAUGCUGCCUUUUGGAAAAGCCUGAACCAGAAUUUUCUGAAAACCACAACAUAAAUACAAAGGUCAAAAACCUGGA